UCCGCAGUUCACAUGGUAAGCAUCGCAGGCACAUUGAUUGAUCGCUUUCUGCCUAUGUUGACUGGCCACAAACGUUGAUAUAUAUACUCUGAUUGAUUGCUUACUGUUUAUGUUGACUGACCACAAUGCUGGAUCUCUACUAUACAUAUAUCUGGAGAACUAGGUUGUAGCCUAGUGGCAAGGGAGCGCAGUGGCGUCUUCAGCAACCAGGGUUCGAUCCACGUCGGGGACGAAUUUCUGGUUUCUCAUUAGGGAUGCUUCUUCUAUAUCAAUAAACCAUGGGUGCUAGUGCCCAUGGAGUUUCAUUUUUUUUUUUUUUUUUACUAUACAUAUAUCUGCAGGGUCUUCUAUCUACUGGCAAAAAGACACAAGUCAUGCUUGACGCGAUCGGUGACAUCGACCCAACGGUGCCCGUGUAUCAUUGGAGAAUCAAUAGGUGUCAUGCUAUUACUGCGGGAGGUCAUGGGAGACGAUCUUUACAAGGAUGUGAUCGUCGCAGCGCCAAACGAAGACGAAGGCGAUUUUGGCUGGAUUGUCUCCCAUGGGAAUGAAGUUCUUCAGGGAGUUGCCGACUUUAUGGCUGAGAUUCAGUAUUCUAUUCUUUAUACUGAGACGUGGAGAGCCGUGGAGAGGGACCAUCCUAUAUAUGAUCACAUCCCAUACACUCUCCGCAAGCUCAUAGAGAUACUCGACGAGAUUUCGGCUAACAUCAACUUUGCUUGCUUUAAGAGGGCUGGCCCAUGGGUGAUUCAGAGGAUGGUGGAGAACCAUGCCUUGGCUUUGCUUCACCUUGAGGAUGUUCUUCUUGACUUUGAUGAGGUGCUUGCUACCGGUGAGCCGGUGGAUGAUGCCAAGACUUCCCGGAGCUCCAGAUGCACAACAACAUUCUCUUCGCCCGCGACUACACCACAAAGGAUUACAUGGCGGGAAUCGGUUUGACUGAUACUCAGAAGGUCCUUCUUUUCCUAAGCAUUUUGAAGAAGAUGAUUCGACCACUCCACGGCGAGUGGAUGUAGAUUUGGUAGUUAGGAAUCAAAUGGAUAAAUAUAUAGUUUGGGAUCCGAGACAUAAUAUGUGAGCACUUAAUCCUAAGCGAGUAGAGAUAUCUCCCUA